AUGAACGCAUUUCCCGCAACUAAAAAAUAUGAUGAAAUUGUUAGUAAAAUUAAUGAAGGAAUAAAAUUGGUACGUGAUUUGGCACCAUUCACACCACAAACAAUUCUUAUCAAGCAUCCAACAAUGGAAUAUUGUUGCUCUCUAAAAGGUUACGGAAUUGACAAAAUCGAUUAUGAUGUCAUUUCCUUCAAUGAACCAUCAUUCAAUGCUUAUCAUGUUAACGAAGCAUCGAUCAAAUAUAUUCAUUCUAAAAUUGAGGAACUCAGUAAACAUUCAAGCAUUUGCACAAUCGCUAUUACAGGAGAAGAUAUGUCAUUUUCAGAUGAUAAAGAUGAUAUUGUUGAUGAAGAUCAAAAGAAAGAAAAGAAAAAGAAAAAAUUUGUUUCCUUUCCACAUACUUUUGCAAAAUGUGAUUCAGUUUUCAGCAAGCCAAAGGAUUAUUCACAUUUGGUAAUAAUUUCAAAAAAAAUUAUACCCAAAGCAGAAAGAAUUACAUGGAAAGUAAACAAACCUCCAGAAAAAUGUACUCCAGAUCCUAAUUCCACAAAACAAUGGGAGGAUAUCUUUCCAAAUGCAGUUUGUGUUAAUAAAACACCAUGGGUUUUAUUUUACCCCCAGAGAUAUGCCAUUGAAUAUCGUUCAACAAAAGAUAUUCCAAAUAUUCCAAAUCGAAGAAAUCAAAUUAUCAAAUUAUUAGAAUUCGCUCCAAUAAUUGAAGAAUUCAGCAAGAAAUGUGUAGAUGGACAAAAUCUUAUCAAUGAUGUUAAUCUAGAAAUUACAAUUACAGGCACUCUUGAUUAUGAUAAAGUAAUUGAAUUAAAAUCAUCCUUAGUCAAGGCCAAUCAAAUGCCAACAAUUCAUCAAUUAAAUGAACUUAAAAUAAUGUUGGAGGAAGAUCCUGAUUUGUACACUGAAAUCGCAAGGUAUCAUAAUAUUGAUGUAAGGCUUUUGGAAAUCCGAAACGUUAAUAAAUUGCUUGCUUUGGAUAAAAUCACUAAAUUUAAACAAAUUCAAUCCAUCCAAUUCAUUAAAAAUUGCGCAACAUUUAAAAUUCCUAGUACUGAUGAUUUAUCGAGUGAAUUCCUCAAAUUCAUGAAGACUUUCAAAGUUUCAAGGCAUGAAAUUCUUUCAACUUAUGAAGUUCAAAUUAAAAACUUGAACUCGUUCAACCUACAAAAAGAUGAAUUUAUGAAAAAAGUUCAAUCUGUUUUAGAGCAUUUUAAUGGAGUGAUCUUCAAAGUAUCGAAGUCUAAUAGAGAUUUUGAAAAUGGAUCAGUAACAGUAACAGUUCCAAAGGAAUUUCUUGAACCAUUAAUUGCAAUGCUGCGUAACAAGAUUUCAAACAAAUUUAUUUUGAAAAUUCCUGAAGAAAUAGUUCCAAGCUAUUUGUUGAAUUAUCGAGAAGUACUUAAUUCAUUAUCAAAGUACUUUGAAUCCAAGAAAAUAAAUUUGAUAAAUGAUGAUUAUGAUUUCUGUGGAUUUUUGGAAGAUGUUGAGCGUGCAGAGAAAGUAUUAUUCGAGGAUCCUCCAAAACUUCCGGUAUACUCUGUCAAAAUUCCACCAGAUUGCAAUAUAAAAUCCCUUGAAAUUGCCAUCAAGGUCAAAACAGUUUCUAUCAACUUGACAAAAGAUUCAAUUUCCUUAUCGUUCCAAUAG